CGUAAAACACCAUGGGAGCCCGUCGUGCAUCACAAGACGGCAGUUAUUUUCAUGUAUUUUAUGUGCUGAGCAUUCAUUGCUCAAACGGUGUCUGGAUGUACGAGUUGUGGUGAAUAAACAAUGCCCUUUUAGCUCACAGGUAACAUUGCUGUAAAUGAGAUAAUCGGUUUUGCAAACCACAGAAAAACUCUUUGAGUUUUAACCAUGUUGUUACUUUGUUCAGUGACAGUGAGAACGAAGAAAACAGAAUGCUAAAAUUGCAUGAUCAGCGGAAGUGUUCAUUAGGAAUUGCCGAGAGAACAAAAAUGGUCACCGAAUAAACUUUCUAUGCUGAGUGGUGACUCGUCUAUGUAGUGAAACCACAGUGUGCCAGCUACACCACGGUCAGCACACACUGUCUUCUUGCGGGGAAGGUCGCGAGCCUCCAACGGCGGAAAAGUGUUGGGGGGACACGGUAAGCAGAAAAUGUGUCGGAGUGUUUGUAAACGAUUUCUUGCUUGCAGUUCCAGUACAUGCACUGGACGGACAACAUGAUCAUGUGUGUGUAUUUGUCACUGCAUGGUGUCCUCCUAAAGCAACACUGACUUCAAGCUUCAUGUUCUCGUCUUAGUCACGCUAUGGUAGUCAUUUAAACUCGGUCAAAUACACCACAGCACAGGUACAUGUGGAGAGGAAACUCAUUCUCAACGAAUUCAAUUCUUCCGUUUGGCUGACUCUUUUUUGUGUGUUUACCAUUCUACUUCAAAGCAAACAUGUGAUUGUGUUGACAAAACAGCUCUGUUUUAUUCAAGCAGUGGAUAAUCACUCGUUACUCGGUGUUGACUCAAAUGAAUUGCUCGUUCUCGUAGUCAGUUAUGGAGUGAAAUUUGUUGGACGAAGUUCAGUUUGGUUUUCCCUCUGAUGAGCGAAUAAUCUGAUGACUUUAGGAAUUGUUCGUUCUCGCAUAAGAAGAGAGGGACAUGAUGUCAAUGAGCAGACACUUUUCUAUCAUGGAUCGUGAUGACAGUAACUUUGUUGUGACCAGAAAGUCACAGCACUGGGACCGGCGGAAAGCAUGGAUAUGUUUGUUCGUCUGGCCGUGUAUACUUAUUUGUCUUGCUGGUGGGGCGGGGAGCUAUGAUCCUCGACCACGCUUUCCACACAUCAACAGACGAGGUAUUCUUCCUGCAUUAAUGGGAAAAAACCAAGAACCCAUGAAGGUUGAUAAUAAAGGUGCUCAUCAGGCGGUGGCGCAACCACCUAAGAUGGCCCCCCCAAGAAAUCCAAAUGUACCCCACCCGGGACGAAGAGUCCCCCCAGAACAGCCGAGGGUUCGCUACGAUCAUGUACUAACAAGAAACUCGGAAGAGACACGAUACAAAUGGACAGAAAACCAGCGAGCGUUCUUUGCGUGCCCCAAGGACACCUUUAUCGGGGAGAUCUCGUACCGUUUUGACGCAGUCCAGUCUCAACUCGUCAAACCCUUUGGAUGGGGAUCAGGCGGUUCGGUCUACUCGGUCCGAGACAAGUUCAAGAAAUUACUCUCCCCAGAAAAAGAAACCAUAUCGCUUUUACGGCAACCGCGCAACAGUGACGGACCAAAGCAAGCAGACGCUUUUAAAAACUUAGUAAAUCCGCCAAUAGCCCAGUCCCCUCUCACCGAAACCGGUUGCGAUCCAAUCCUCUACUGUCUUGGACACCAAGCUUGUCUGUUUAAAAUUACUGUGGAUCUUUGUGCGUGCGAUCCUGUACCGGGCAAGCGGAAAAUGUUCUUCAUAAAUGUACGAUGUGUCAAAGACAGUUCGUUGUCCAUGUAUUUAUGGAGACAGGAGGAGGAAACAUUGAAGAAGGAGAUGGAUCAGGUAGUUUACAUCGUUCAUGAUGACAAGACGUCAAACAAACAAGUUGCUCAGCUACAUAUCAACAAAAUGACAGAGGAAGAGAUUUUUGGUGUCAACUGUCCGAAGCCCAGUCAAGUCCUACAGCACGGGUACGGAGGUUGGUGUACAUUAAAUCCACCACCACAAAUAGAGAUAGCAAAUUACUUAUGGAGUACCAUUGGAAGGGUUCCUGACAAGGCGUGUCGACAGGAGCUUAUUGAUGCGUAUUGCGCUUAUCAUUAUAACACCAGCGGUGGAUGCAUCCCACCAUCCUUCAUUGAUAUGCCUGAGAGUGGCCGUUCAUUGAAGCCUGGAGAGAUGCCGUUCAGCUUCAGAGCACUUCCUAAAACAGGCAAUCGGCCAGACAUGACUAAACAUGACAAAGCUCUAGGUGAUUCCAAAAUAAGUCUGAUUCCUGUCAAGAUAGGCUUCCUAAUACUGGCUCACAAUAAUCCAGAUGCAGUGGGACAGCUUCUCAAGGCAGUUUACAGACCCUACUUCUAUUAUGUCAUUCAUGUUGACUAUCGAGCUGAUGAUGUCAGAGAGGCGCUGAUUGAAAAGGCAAACAGACUGGGAUUCACUGCUCAGAAUAUCCGUGUCAUCCCUAAAGAGCGUUCGUUUGUCGCCUCGUGGGGUUCUUACGACAUUGUCAGAGCUGAACUUGAAGGAUUUGAAGAGCUGCUUAGGAUGGGCGCAUGGGAUUUCGUCAUUAACCUGAGCGGAUCAGAUCUUCCUAUCAGAGAUGUGGAUGAUGUAGCAGCCAUGUUGGCAUCAGCACGAGGUUUUAACUUUAUGAGACAGAACGGGAAUUGGAACGAUCGAUCUGACAAGCCGACAGAUUUCACCGUGUGGUACGGAUGUGGCGGCCAUGUUUACAAUGUCUCCAUGCGUGGAAGGCGGCCAUCUUGGACCGACAUGCAUAGUACCUCGCAGUGGGGCGUCUUUUCAAGGGAUUUCGUCGAGCUAGUCGUCGGACACAACCGCGGUGAUAAGAUGGACAGCAUUCAGUUCUUUUGUAUGACAAGCAUCAUUCCGGAUGAAUCAUUCAUGGCUUCCAUGCUUAAGAUAUCUCAGUACAAGGACACUUACAUCCACAACAACCUUCAUCAUUUGAAAUCAUUUGCUCGUAAGGACGACCGUGGGUUCUGCCGUCAUACUGAAGAUAUUGACUUUUGUGGACAGGGUCCAGGAACAUUUGAAGUCGAGGACAUCGACACGAUCGGACAUCUCGCGCAUAAUCUCUUCUUUGCGCGGAAGUUUGACGGUGCCGUAACCAAUCCUGUCCGCCUCUACGCCCUGGAGCUAAGCUCUGGAAAGUACUACAGUGAUCUCCGCAAGAAGUACAUCUCUGAAGGAUUUCUGAGGCAGCUAGUUAGCCUAGCUUUAGAGUCGGAGUAUGGUACCCUGUACCACAAAGAGGUAGAGGUUGAAGAACUUCUCAAGUUACGGAUCUUUCCGCAAGUCCUUCCGAUGGAUCCGUGCUGCUCUCCGGUCUACAACACCAAGAACCGCAUCGCUAAGGAUAUGCGCUACUGGAUUGACUUCUCUGUGGUGGAGCUAAAAUCUUCAGAGAGAAGAGUGUUAAGAGCUUCCUUUGUGCCUCAAAGUCGAACUCAGUGUUUUAGCCGUGGACACAUCAAAGGGCUGUAUCUGACGACCAAACCAGAAGGAUCAGGGAAGACCCAGGUAAAGGGUGGAAUCCGUCUUCCAGUGGAGGAGGCAGGCUCAGCUACCCUCUUCAUGGCUUCACAUAUCAACAUCAAUGAGAACAUCUUAGGAGCACCAGCUUGCAACGAGGUGGAAGGAUUGCCUGACGACAGUUUUGAAGGUCGCUCCCCGGAUAGUUUCUCCUAUGCUUCCUUCCCCACCAAGCCUGACGGCAAGAAGCUUCACUUCAACGCCAGCCUGGUGGACCCUCAGGGGGAGAUCAAGUGCCUGGUGGAGGUCAUUAUAUCAUGGAAGCCUCCUCAGACAUCAACACAGAAGUCAGAUACCCUGCGCUACAUGAACACCCUCAACUGUGGCCCAUUAGAGCCUGGCCUGUGGACGCUGGUUCUCUUCCAGCGAGGAGUCAAGGAACCAUUCCCAUACACAGUACAGCUUGUAUUGAGAGAGGCCAGACCACAAGGAUGGUUGGACUUCAAGAAUCAGGAAUCAAAAGAUGAGCUUCAUGGAAUCUGGAUGACUGAAGAGAUCAAAGAGCUGACCGAGUCUGAAAUCUCAGAGGGCAACUAUCAAGUUCAUCGAUCGCCGAACAGUAACGAGCACGGGAAUGGUAUUGUGGCAGUCCCCGGCAACAGCAACGUCGGCGCCGUCAACGAACGCUUCGAUCAGUUCGGGAAGGAGGGGGACUACAAUAAGGCGAAUGGUGAGCGGGAGGUCGGCGCUGACGGUAACUCCCUGGAGAAGAUCCCCCACAAGAACCAGGCGGACGACAGUAGCGAUGUCAGGGAUGGUGACGGAGCAGCGUACCAGGAACGGGUCUUCGCCGCCCAAGGGGAAGACAUUGAUGGUAUGCGUGGGAUGCACAAACGACACGGACAUCUUAAUGGGAUUAGAGCGCCCCCACAGGAGGGACAACAAAACGUUGACUCUGUUAAGAGCCUUAGAGCUCAUAUUAAGGAGGGGGAAGGGGUGAUGAGGCCCCAUAUUAACCCCGAUCAAGCUGUGAAUAAAAAAUUACGAUCUGUGGAUGGAAAAGACAUUCUAGGAAGAAACAUUAAAAAUGAUCUCAGCUUGCACGUACAACAUGGAGACAGCGGUACAAUUUUUAAAUUACCCACUUUUCUAAGAAAACAGUCACCUGCAGUUACAUUUUUGGAGUUCCUUGUUAUAUCUGCAUUUAUUUUUGUUUUUAUAAAAGGGGUUUUAGUUCCUCUACAUGUCGUCAAGCGAGGGAGCGGCGGUAUCAAAUCCUUCGGCACAUUCCUAAUAGUCAUCACGCUAAUUCAAUUCAGUAUUUAUCUCAUAUUCACCAUGACAGUAGCCAGCUAGUACACGAGGUAGACCCCCCCCCCUUGACCUUUUGACCCCACCCGUCCUUUCCAACACCACCAUGGCCUCCUUGUACAGCAGGUUUUGUACUCGUUGUAAUUGCCUCAUUUGACGUCACGUGCAACAAAAAUCGUGAGAUGCAAUUUCCCAGUUGCUAUAACUCAUUUUCUCAAAGCUGCAUUCCAUAUUUUUGAAAACAAAUGCAUCAACAAAUUAAUAUAUGAACAGAUUUUUAGAGUCCCUAGAUUUGUGGGUGUUUUUUUUUUUUUUUAAUAAAUGAAAUUGCCAUAGAAGUCUUAUAUAAUGUUUCAAGAAAGCCUUUUGUUAAACGAGAGGUAUACUAAAUGCAAUGAGUUUUGUAAAGGUAAUUAAGGUGUUAACUUAAUAAUAAACGAGACUGGGUUACUAGAUCUCUACUCUGAGGAAACCAGUCUCAAAUCUACUUACAGACAACGAAAAGGUCACCAAGGCAAAUAGUGCUUAGUUAAGUCUUCAACGAAAGCUACUUACAUUUAUCAGAGCUUAACAUUUAACCCACAAAUGAAAUUAUUUGAAUUUUUGUUUGACGUUACACAGAUGAUUGUUAUGCACUUUAAUUUUCCCACCAAAUUCUGAUGAUAACUACUAUUAUUUUAUUUUUGUUUUAAUAUCAGUUUAAUUUUGUAGCAAUUGUAUUGUAAAAUGAAUACCAUCAAAGUGUCAAAAAGAAUGUGCCAAUUGACUUCUACAAAUUUAUUGGAAUCUUAAGUGUUUAAUUUCUACUACUUCCAAGGUGCACAAGUACACGACAACAGUUGUGUAUUUAUUACAAAAUUGUAUCUGAGACUAUUUUGGUGUAAUGUUUGUAUAAAGUCACAUUUGUAACCCGAGAUCCAAAUACUCGAACGUGUCCAGACCCACAUUUGACCAGUAAUGUAUAUAAGGAUGGUACACUGUGUUAUUAUCGCAGCGUUAACCUGCUUAAUUCCCUCAAGGACUGGUGUUAACCUGCUUAAUUCCCUCAAGGACUGUGAUAAAAAUAAAAAAUAUAUUUAUUAGCAUCGCCAGGUGGUUUGCUUGCAAUAAGUGUACACUUUGAUGUCUGGAGAGGUAUACUUGGAAAUACUAAAAUAGUUUAGUCUUGAAAGAGUGGUUCCAAGUAUAGCAUUUUGGCAGCUCAAGUGAUUUGUAUUUGGUGAUGAUAUCAUUGAGUUGCUAUACCACAGUUCCUUUCAGAGUUAAAAUAUUUUACAAAUAUCAGAUACAUACAUAAGAUCAACAGAUAUUUUGUGGUUCUUCUGUUGUACAUCCACUAUGCCUUUAAUCUGGUCACUUCUUUAUCAAAACUUCUUAAAAGUAAGCAGAAAUAAUAUAUUUAAGUAUAUUGUGGUUCUACGAACCCUUAACAUUUUGAACUUGAGGUCACACAAGUUCUUCAAAGAACCAUACUAUUUAAAAGCUAAAUGAGAUAUGUGUUACUUCCUUUUUUUGUCAUUCAAAUAUUUAGUUACGUUAUACUGGUUUCUUGCAUAACCAAAUGGCUGCUCCCUGUCAUUAUUUUGUGGUUACACAUUGUGAUUUAAAGAGUGCUGUAAUGACUAUGUUUUUAUUUUUCUAAUUUCGUUUUGGCAAGAAAUAUAUUUUUGAAUAUUCUUUAGUUCAGACCCACCAAUUAUUUGGUUGGUUAUUUUGUAGUACUCAUAGCUUUAUAAAUAUGGACCUUUAUAAACCAUCAUAGAGUUUUUCCUCCUUGUUAAAUCACCAUCGAAUUUCCAACUUAUGCAGUAGAAAACAAAGAACCGAUUUUAAGUUUUCAUUUACACCGAAAAAUAAAAGGCAGAACAAAAAUAAGCUGUAUCCCACCAGUUUGACAAAGUAAAGAAUUAUCCAUAUCUUUAUUUAAACAUAAUUUUAUGCUGUAUAUCAUACAAGCUCAAUGAUUUUUGUGUUCAAGUCUAAAUCCCCCUUUAUAUUAAUCAGUUAUUAUUAAUAACUACCAUUGAUUUUGGUGUGCUCCAAUUUUGGUCCCUUCCACGUUUAUUUUGAAGUUGGUGCUUGUAUUUGUAGGAUUUUUUGUGAGCGUGCAAUACACUUUGCUGAUUGGGCAGAGCUUACUUUACAACGUUUCAUACUAAGGGAAUUUCCUUCUAUUUUUAAAUUGUUUUAUCUUUAGGUCACAAUGCGUGCUGAUAUCGUGUAAAAUGUUUUUAACUUUAAAAAGUCAAAGAAAUGGGAAGUAAAACAAAAUCUAACAAAUUCUAACAAAGAUAUGAACCUCCUUGUAGUGGGAUGACUCACUACUAGGAACCAAAUGCAGAAAGAAAGAAAAUCUUAAAAGUAGCUAAGCACAAACGAAUUAUGCUUACCAGAAUUAGCUUACCGGUAACUGUCACAGACCCAGGACUCCACCCAAGUAUAGACCUUCAGGAUUACACCCGGCCCCUUGACACACACACCCACACACCCCCACACGCACACAUAUUUUUAAAACGGCCGGAAGUUGGUGGCGAGGUCGUAAAAUUUAUUACAAAUCUACAAACCCUACAAAUCUAUUUGGAAAAGUUUCCGUAUGGCCCCACCACUUUUUCAUUCGAUAUGAAAUAAUAUAGUGUCUAAUUUACCUCAAUGAGAUAUCCCUUUUUGUAAAAAUGAGUGAAAAAGUGGUGGCGCCAUACGGAAAGUUAUCCAUCUAUUUACAUAUUAUUAGCUUCUACAAUAUUUACAAGGUACAUGUCCCUUUAACAUUACUUUGUGACUCUCUGUCUUGAUAAGGGGGGGGGGGUGUCCUGUCCUUCACAUCCAAGUACGUAGUAUAUUCACUCGCGGUGAGAAUCCUGGCUUUCUUGAAGUUCUGCUCAAUACCAAUCGCUACAUAUAAAAUAUUUAUCAGCAAGAGACACACUUCAAUCAAAUCAUUGUUGGUUGAACUCUCACUGGUUCUCACUGCCAAAGGCUGGCUUUGCCCUUUCUCCUAAGGCUCGCAAUUUAAAUCUUUGAGGCUGGAUUCACACCCUCUCCUCAAGAAGCUCUGAUGUCGAAUGCCAACAAAUUAUACCCUUUUCCCAUAGGGUCUACACACCCUCCCAUACCAGAAAAGAAUCUGAGGAAUUUUAUUUGUAUUCCCCUUAACUUUUUAUCCAUGCCUGCUCAAGCCUGCUCAUGAAUAUUCAGUGUUCAAAAAUAACCCAUAACUUACCAAUCAAAACCGAAGUUGAAGUCACAUUACUUCUUUGCAUAAAAUAAGAUGGCUCACCAAGUUUAAGGAAUUUUGGGCGCGGUUUGGCCACUCAACAUAAAAACUAGUUAUCUUACAAGAACAAAUUUAAAGUACUAUUCAUGCACUCUGGCCAUACACAAAUUAUAUUAUGUUACUCUAGUACCAUAAGAUCUGGAGUAAUUUCGCGAACUUAUUUCACUCUGUGACAGUAAAAGUGCUUACAUGCGUGCACGUUUCUAUUGUUUUAAAUCAAAGAUGUCAGCCAGUUAUUUUGAAACUAACUGCACUUCCAGUAUGGGAUUAAACCAGGGCACAUUUUCAAAGUGCUAGUUACACACAAAAAGAUGCUUAGCAAAACAAAAUUACGCUUACCAGAAUACGAUUACCAUAAAUAUUGUGCUACAGUUGGUUAUCUGCUUAUUUGGUGCUAAUUUUUUUUGCCCACCAGUUUUUAAUCUGUACCCCUAUGUUGCUCACUAAACCCGUUUUUUAAUUUUUUUAUUUCAUUUUUAAUAUAAACAUGAAUAGGUUUAUAGCUCAAGGUUGUGUUUCUAAAAACAAAAACAUAGUGACAGUUUUACCAUUGAGGAACCUCCAUGGUUUUACAACCUCCUUCCUUAUAUUUAUGAGCUGAGUAUCCUCUAUCACAAGGGGACGCUACUGGAGGCCAAAGAAGGAUUUUUUUUUUUUUUGGGGGGGGGGGGUGGAUAAUUUUAUGGUUUUCAUGAUUUUUGUUUUGUUGUGAGUUUGUUUUUAAAUGAAAGUUAUUUUCUUCAUGAUUUAUUGUGCUGUUUCUCACCAACUAAGUCACAUUGAUUAUUUUAACAAUUCUACUUUUUUUUUAAACUAAAAUAUGUAGCAGACUUUUUAAAUGUAAUGUUAUUUCAAAACCAGUUGCUUGAAGGGAAGCACUGAGACUUUUUAUGGAAAUGAAAUGCAGUAUUUCAACUGUUUUUCAAUGUUAUGGAUUGAAGUAAAACAAGAUCUUGGUAAACCUCUGAGAAUUUUUUAUUUUUUAUCCGUCAGUUUCAAUCUUUACUAGCAAAAUACGAAUACUUAUUUUUGUUCUCCUAAACAGUUUAUAUAAAAUGUAGUUUGUCCUAUGUCAGUGUGAUUGAGUUCUAUAAAUUGUUGUUAUUUCUUUUGCCAAUUGUUUGUGUGUAAAGAUACUCUCAUAAUGUGGCGAACGAUAUUAAAGAUAGGAAUUUUUCGGUAA